GCCUAUUGCUAGGUGAUCUCAAAUAUGCACUUAACUUUGUUAAGGUCAUGACUUUCGGCGACACUUACCCAAAUCUGAAGACUAACUUCGUGUUGAUAUCUUUGACAUUAAGAACGUAUUGAGUAACAGGUUUAAAUUUAUUUCUUAUCACAAACGAGUUCACCCAUGACCUGAAACUCCAUGCACCUAACUGCCUAGUUUCACAUGGACGUGUGACUAAUCAGCUGAAACAAUAAACAAUUAGUUAACAAAUAUUAACUACAACUAAUCCGUAUCAAAUGACUUGCUAAUGACGUCUUUGUUCGAAAACUUUACGACUUUGGAGGUUCGACACCUUUGAAAUUUAUACGCGAACCGCCAACCAGCGCGCCAACUAUAAAACGAAAUACACUAAAUUUAGUUACAAUUCUCGAAAAGGCUACGUCUUGUCAAAGUGGUGAAUGCAUACUUUAAAUUAAACAGAAUCGUCAAAAAUGAAUGAAAUAUAUGUAAUUUUGUUUAUUUUAAUUAAUAUUGUAACAAAGGUAACGUCGGAGAAUAUUUUGGGGUGCGGAGGUUUCGUCAAAAGUCACGUUCCCAUCGAUUUUUCUAAAGUAGAAGUAAAACUAUUAACAAAACAAGGAAUUCUGAAAGAUAAAAUUAACUGUGCUCCUAAUAAUGGCUAUUACUUCGUCCCGUUGUACGAUAAAGGAGAAUACAUUUUGGAGUUGGAGCCGCCACCCGGCUGGAGUUUUACCCCUACAAGAGUGGAUUUAGUAGUUGAUGGUGUGUCCGACUUAUGCAGUCAAGGAAAAGAUAUAGAUUUCAAUUUUAAAGGUUUUGGAAUAACCGGCCAGGUUGAAAGUUUAGGCACUAACGUCGGCCCUGACGGUAUUGAAGUCGAACUAAAAUCAGGCGCAGAAGUUAGAAAAACCAUUACCAGUAUAGGUGGAAGCUUCUUUUUCACACCAGUGUAUCCUGGCAAUUAUGUCGUUCGAAUAUCUAAUUCCAAGUGGAAAGUAUGGAAAGAUAGUGUUAAUGUAGUUGUAGCAGAGGGGAAUACCGAGUUACCCGCCAAAAGUCUGAUAAUUCAAGGUUAUGAUGUUACUGGUGUUGUUAAAGAUGAAGGGGAACCUAUUAAAGAUGCCACUAUUGUUCUAUUUGCGGAGAAGCCUAAUAAUGAUAUUCGUGUUUAUGGGUGUGAUACCACUCCUUUGUCUGGUUUGAAAACCAACAACAAGCCUAUAUGUCAUGUUAAAACAAACGACCAAGGAGUUUUUACUUUCGGGGCCGUACCAUUUGGAAAAUAUUUUAUUGCGCCAUAUUACAACGAACAAAACAUUUAUUACCAACCGAAUUCGCUACCGUUCACUGUUGAACACAACAGUGUCAAAUUGAAAGAGAGUUUUGAGAUCAUUGGUUUUAAUAUAAAUGGGCGUGUCUUAAAAUCCCUAAAUGGAAAGCCACUAGCUCAUGCCAAAAUCUACCUAAAUGGUAAACAUAUAACGCAAACUAACAACGAUGGUGGUUACAAACUUGAAAAACUUAAGGCGGGUACUUACACUCUACAAGCAGCUGCAGAGGGCUUUCUCUUCAAAGAAGUCGCAGUGAAGAUGAAUCCAAAUAGCAAAAUCCCGGACUUGAUGCCAAUGGCUUACCAAAUUUGCGGUUCCGUAGUUAGCGAUAAAUCACAAACUAUUACUUUUUCGCAAAUAGGGAGCACGAAAGUAGUUACAACGUUGUCAGACAUGAAUUCGGGUCAGUUUUGCGAAUAUUUAACUCCUGGAAAAUACCACGUGCAGGUUGUGGUUGACAGUGCUGAUUCACAAAAAGGAAUGCAAUUCUUCCCCAAAGUUCAGAGUAUCGAAGUGGACUCGGAACAAACCGGCACUAUAAUUUUUUCACAAUUAAAAGCCACAGUCUCUGGGAAAAUCAAAUGUAUCCAUAAAAACGACUGCAUCGGUUUGAAGGUUAUUUUAAAACCGACUAGCGAAUCAUCGGAAAGGAAUGAAGUGAUUAUAAACAUUUUAGAUGAUUCUUACAAAAUUUCGGACAUCUAUCCCGGAAUUUACGAAAUAACAUUAAGCGAUAACAAGCUUUGUUGGAAAACUAAUAAACAAGUGGUGAAUAUCAACAACAUUAAUGUUGAAGUACCGACUUUUGUACAGUCGGGUUAUUCGGUCGUUUUUGUGUCGUCGCAUAACACACAGGUGUCGUAUAAAAACGCAGUCGACCAAAAAGAAAACACAAUAAAAAUAAAUAAAGGAAAACUGCCAUAUUGUUUAGGUAAAUCUGGCAGUUAUACUUUCCAAAUUAGUAGUUGCCACAGCUACGAAUCGAAUGUUAUAACUUACAGUACGGAUGCUCCAGUCAACGAGAUAUUUCUAAAUGCUCAGAAACAUACAGUCACUCUUACUAUUGAAACGGACAAAAAACAUGGUGAUGUGACUGCAACUAUUAAUAUAGAUGGUGUUAAAAAUCCAACACCACCACUACCUUUUGUUAAUAAUGGUUAUGAAAUUCAGUUGUUACUCAGUCCCAGUGAAACCGCGGUCAUUGUCCCACAGUCCGAUAUCCUAUAUUUUACCCCUCCAAUUUUAUCAAUCAAUGGAAACACUGACUGUGAUAACUUGGGUUCGAAAUUUAAAGCAGUCUUAGGAGUUGUCUUCCAAGGUAAAAUUAUUCCACCUCUUCCCGGCGUCUUAGUAACCGUAGAGACCGAAAACUCUGACACUUUAAUGGCGGAAACAGACGAAAAUGGCGUUUACAAAUUUCCACCUUUAGAUAAAAGCAAAGCUUACAAAAUUGCGGCCAAAAAAGAUUCAUAUGUUCUUGUAGGACCCAACAAUGAUGGAGAUUUUCUCGCACAAAAGUUAGCAGAGAUUGUUAUAGAAGUUGUAGAUAAAAAUGACAAGGCGCCAUUACAGGGCGCCCUUUUGUCAUUAUCGGGUGGCGAUAGCUAUAGAAGCAAUCUACAAACAAACGAAAAUGGAAAAAUUACUUUCCACUCCUUGAGUCCGGGAGAAUAUUUUCUACGACCGAUGAUGAAGGAAUACAGUUUUGAACCAACGUCAAAAAUAAUUACAGUUAAUGAAGGCCAAACUGUCAACGUUCAGUUGACCGGUAAAAGAGUGGCCUAUAGUGCUUACGGUCAAGUAACCUCGCUUAACGGCGAACCCGAAGAAAAUAUAGUUGUUGUUGCCCAAGGUAUAAGUAACUGUAGCCACUUCUCCGAAGAAUCGACUUCCGAAAUUUAUGGACAAUUUCGAAUCCGGGGUCUGCAGCCCUACUGUUCUUACGAUGUCACAGUUAGAAACACUAUUGCCGGAAAAUACGCUAUUGAAAGAAGUGUUCCUAAAGUAAUCCACUUGGAAAAAGUAAACCAAGACGUCAACGGUUUACAACUCGUGAUAUUCCGGCCUGUGUCUCACAUGGAUUUGCUAGUGAAAGUCUAUGCAAAGAACCCUGAACAUUAUAAAAGUUUGCGGCUCAAGGUUAUAUGUGAGUCGUCUUCGUCUGGUAUAGUUUAUACAGGAAGGGUGGAUACGUCAUCAGUCGCUAUUACACCCGACUACAAUCAAGGGGUGUUAAUCCACAUUCCACCGCUACCACUAGAUGGGAGAACAUACUCUGUUCACUUAGAGUCAAACUUAAACAAUAAACUUGAACCCGAGCCGCAGAUAUUUGUGGCCAACUCCUCAUUUAAGUAUGUAGAACUGGACUUCAUUGUAAAAAGUAGCAUGGUUGAACAGGAUAUCAAACGAACGUCAGUUUGGACUCUUGUUCUGAUCUUUGCUAUUAUGUUUGCAGUGUAUAAUAUAGAUAAAGUUAGCUACUUCCUCAAGGAAAUGUUGGGAGGUUAUGUUACCGAUUUUCUAAGUUCAGCGACUAAGAAGUCUCCCACGAGUGACUACCCUGGGGACAACGAUGAUAUAGAUCAGAUUGUACAAAGCAUUAAUGCCGUGAAAAGAAAACCAAAACCGAAGAAAUUGUAAAGUUGUCCAUUUUGUUGAUUGUAAAUGUGAAAUUAUUUAAUAAAUGUUUGUUAUAUA